AUGGCGACCGUACGAAUCUGUCUUUGCGGUGACGAUGGCGUCGGCAAGAGCUCCAUCAUCACGUCUCUUGUCAAGGACGUCUUCGUCACAGCCAAAAUCCAGCCCGUCCUGCCACAGGUGACGCUCCCGCCCACGCUUGGGACGCCCGACAAUGUCACCACCACCAUCGUCGAUACCUCCGCCCUCCCCCACGAACGACACACUCUCCGCACAGAGCUCCGAAAGUCGAACGUAAUACUCCUCGUAUACUCAGACCACUACAGCUAUGAGCGGGUGGCGCUGUUCUGGAUGCCCUACUUCCGCUCCUUAGGCGUCAACGUGCCAGUGGUGCUGUGCGCGAACAAGUCCGACAUAGCCUCGAAUGGCACAACAUCCCAAGUCGUGUCGGAGGAGAUGCUGCCCGUCAUGAACGAGUUCAAGGAGAUCGAUUCCUGCAUCCGCACCAGCGCCAAGGACCACCACAACAUCAAUGAGGUCUUCUUUCUCUGCCAAAAGGCCGUCACACACCCGAUAGCCCCGCUAUACGAUUCCAAAGAGAACGCACUCAAGCCCGCAGCCGUGUCUGCACUGCAACGCGUCUUCCAUCUAUGCGACACAGACAAAGAUGGGUACUGGAACGAUCAGGAGAUCCACGAUUUCCAGAUCAAGUGCUUCGAGAAACCGUUGGGGGACGACGACUUGAUGAACAUAAAGAGGUCGAUGGAGCGCUUUGCUCCUGGUCUAACUGGCGAGCAUGGCAUGGACGAGAAGGGGUUCCUACUCCUGAACAAGAUCUUCGCGGAGAAGGGGCGGCACGAAACCAUCUGGAUCAUACUGCGGAAGUUCCACUACACCGACAGUCUCAGUCUCCAGGACACGUUCCUCCACCCCAAGUUCGACGUUCCUCAGUUCUCCUCCGCCGAACUCAGCCCGUCCGGCUACCGCUUCUUCGUUGAUCUGUUCCUCAAGUUUGAUAUGGAUAAUGACGGAGGACUCAACGACAGAGAACUCGCGAAUCUAUUCGCACCCACCCCCGGCAUGCCGACAUCUUGGGUGGACUCGUCGUUCCCAUCGUGCACAGUGCGCAACGAAGCUGGAUACAUCACACUACAGGGUUGGCUCGCGCAAUGGAGCAUGACUACCUUUGAAGAGCCCAAGACGACUCUAGCAUAUCUGGCAUACCUCGGAUUUGAGAGCGGCGAGCGCGGAGGCACAACCAGCGCACUCAAGGUGACCAAAGCUAGGAAGCGACGGAAGAAGCCUGGCCGCGUCGAGCGCAACGUCUUUCUAUGCUACGUCAUAGGGUCGAGCGGGAGUGGAAAGAGCUCAUUGCUGUCUGCCUUCCUCCAGCGACCGUUCAGCCACACCUACCAUCCCACGAUAAAACCGCGUUCGGCAGUCAACAGCGUGGAGUUGAAAGGUGGCAAGCAAUGCUAUCUGAUCCUAGAGGAGCUCGGUGAACUCGAACCCGCGAUUUUAGAGAAUCAGGCCAAGCUAGACGCGUGCGAUCUGUUGUGUUAUACUUACGACUCGAGCGACCCCACGAGCUUUGCGCAUGUUGUCGAACUGCGGAAGAAGUACCCCCAUCUCGACCAACUACCAGCGGUUUACACAGCCCUGAAGGCAGACCAGGACAAGACGAUGCAGCGGUGCGAGCAGCAGCCCGACGAGUACACCAGCGCCCUGAGAAUGGCACCGCCACUGCACGUCAGCACGACAUGGAACAGCAUAUCGGAGCUGUUUGUUCACCUGGCUGAAAGCGCUACCCACCCCUCGACAGCCUUCCCCAAGCAGGAAGAGGACGGCUACGAUUAUCUCAAUCUUUACCUAGCGCUGGGGGCUGUCACGUUUGAGGUCGCCAUUGUUUCGUUUCCCUAUUCCCCGGCAAAGGCCCGCGGCGCCAACCCGACGUUCCAAGGAGCCCCCAAGCUGACCAAGUCUCGUACCCCACAGGCAACCGACAGAGCCAGAGAGCUGGACCGCCUAUAUCAGAUGCGAAACCCAGGCCCGCGCCGGGGGCAUGCGCCGCAGAUAUCCAUCAGCGAUGACAGCCACCACGUCACCGAGGCCAUAGGCGACAUGUACGGCGGCGACAGCGACACCGACGCCCCCAACCGCCGCAGCCUCCGACCCCUAAGCUUCGUCCCCAGCCCCAACGGCGACUCGAUCCAGUCCUUUGGCGCCUUCGAGGCCUUCGACCCCUUCCCCAACGCGCCCCCCGCGAGGUCCCCGCUGCGUCCCCAGAUGUCCUUCGAGAAGCCCCAAACGCCCACGAGCCCCAAUGGCACCGCCAACAUGGCCCAGAAGCGGGCCUCGGUCGCCCGGCACCCGUCGAACGGCGGCCAGAUGUCCCCUCCGCUGUCCCGCUCGAACUCGAACACGGCGUCGCACCAGUUCCCGCUGAACAACCUCGACUACGAGAACAGCCCGGCGGGCCUCGCCCAGGAAUUGAGCAACCUGCAGGCCAUACGGAGGAUGUCCAUGGGCGUUAACAAUGCCGAUCCCGAUCUACCUUCGUUCCAGUCCGCAAACUCACCGCCUUCCCCACCGGCCAUGUCGGAAGAGGACGAGUCGAAACUCUUCUGGGUACCCGCACGGCUGCACCCCGAGCUGGCGCCCAUGGAGUUCAAGACGUUCAUUGAAGACAAGAUUGACAGGACGAGACGACGCUCCGGAGACUCAGACUCGCUAUCUCCGGAUGGCGCCAUGGGGCGUCAGGGCUCGGGUGGAGGGCUGCGGCGGAAGAAGUCCAUGCUGUCCAGGCAGAUUGAUACUGGCUCUGGCUACAAGGACGGCGCCGAGAGGCUGGAGAGGAAGCGAUCCGGCGCGCAGCCCAACGGGGGCUUGUCGAACCUACAGGAGCUCGAGCACAUACAGGAGGACCCGGUGGCUCUGAUAAGACGGAUGAGCAUCGAUCAAAAGGGCAUGUCGGGGGAAGGGGAAGAGGGCGCCGACGGUAUGCCCAUUGUGCCGGGUAGCAAGAUGCGUGGUCUGGGCACGCUCAAGAGAUCAACCCACACUACGUACAGACGAGGCAGUCUGCGGAAAGGCGGCCCGCCCCUCUCACGGCGACUCGUCUCUGGUCGACAAGGAGACACCGACACGGAAGAUUCCCCGUCCACCUCGCCCGUCCACUCCACCGAGAGCAUACCCGAAGUCCCUCCCCUCCCAGGUCUCAACCGCGUUCAGUCGGAACCCGUUAACUCGGCGUUUGAAGGCUCGUCCAACAACUUCUCGCGACCUGGGGCAAAGCGGGCAUCUCCCAGCUAUGGCGGCGAGAGACCUGGUUCGUCGGAGGAGUACCCCAGGUCAGCUUCUACAGAGCCUAUCUCACAGCAGGAGCGAAGUUCGCCGCAGCCCAGGCAGUUCCACUCGAGAAUCGCCUCCAACGGCCGCACGACUGCACCUUUGCCAGGCUACACACCUCCGCCGCAGCAGGUACCCCAGAUCAUCGAGACACCACCGCCACAAGAACAGAACCGAACACCUCAGUUUCAGCUACCCGAACGUCACUCCUCCCGCCAACCUCCGCCUCAAGCCCAGCAACAACCUGCAGGCCCACGCCAUUAUCCUCAACCUCAGCAGCAACCUCCCCAACAACAGCGCCAGCCCCAGUCGUCAAGUCGACCGAACCGUCAUGCACAAGCUGCUCAGUCGUCACCGAUCAAGCCCGCGCAAUCCUUCGAUGACCUAGUAGCACAUCCUUCAGCGAUGCCCGGCCAGAACAACAGGGUCGAUUCGUUAUCCAUAAUCCCGAACGCGCCAGAAGAGAAGAAGCUCGAACCGAAGGCCAAAGAUAAGAAGGACAAGGAUGGCUCUGAAGGCGGCCAAAGGAAGACGAGUUGGGGCUGGUUUGGCGGCGAUAAGGAGAAGGAAAAAGACAAGAAGUCAAAAGACAAAGACUCAGAAAAAGAAGCCCCGAAGAAGGUCAAGAACAAGCUCAGCAAGUCCCAGGAGAAGGAGAAGGACAAGGGCCACGAUGACACGAGACUGGACCUCCUGCAGACAUCGAUACAGGGCGGCGGUCGUGGUCGCGAGAGCGUAGUGCUGGAUCGCGAAAGCGUCAAGCUGGAAGAAGAGCGGAAGAAGGAGAGCGCCAGAAAAACAUCCAGCGAAGGCAAGAAAGAGAAGGAGCCUGGACUGUUGUCUUCCAUCUUCGGAGGAGGAAAGAAGAAGGGCGAGAAAGAGUCAUCUCACAAGAAGAACGCCUCACGUGGGUUAUCGCCCGAGCCCCCGCCACGCAUCCUGAAACCCGAUAUCGACUACAACUGGACCCGAUUUUCGAUCCUAGAAGAGCGCGCGAUAUACCGCAUGGCCCACAUCAAGCUUGCGAACCCCCGCCGCGAACUCUACUCCCAAGUCUUGCUGUCCAACUUCAUGUACUCGUACCUCGCCAAGGUCCAGCAAAUGCACCCGCAGAUUUCCAUCGGCAACUCCAAGCAAGCAAAGCAAGCUCAACAGGCUCAGCAACAGCAACAAGCCGCGCAGCAGAAGAAGGAGCAGCAACAGCAGCAACAUCAGCAGCAGGCCGCUCAGCAAUCUCAGCAGCAGGUACAGCAGCAGCAACCGCAGCAACAGUCACAGCCUGAGGAGUUUGCUCAGUAUCAGCGGUACCAGCAGCAGCAGCAACAGCACGAACAGCAAUCCUCCGAAAAAUCCUCACAAGAAUGGCCCUCCGUACACCAACAACAAGCCAACGGCGGCCUCUCACAACAACAAAACGGCCAUCACCAGCAUCAGCAACAACAGCAGCAACAACAUGCAAGAGGCGGCUCUCAGCAGGGUAAUUCUUAUAACCAGAACCCGCGUGAUUCGCAUCACUCGAAUCAUAGUGCGAAUGGCGGAGGUGGUGGAUAUAGUGUAGCGAAUACGCAGAACUAUCUGGGACAGUCGGGUAAAGGGGGUGGUGGUGGUGGUGGUGGGAUAGGAGGGGGAGGAGGAGGGGGGUAUAGUAAUUAUAGCGAUGAUGAGGGAGGGAAGAGGGGGGACGAUGAUAUGUGGUAG